ACAAUGGUACAAGCGAAUAAGCCUGCAGAAGCACAAAAAAAAAAAGAACAACAACAACAACAAAAAAAACGGUUUAAUUUCUUCAACCCUGUUGUUUAGUUAUAGUUAACUUAGCUGUCAAAAAGUAUUUUGUACACUUUGCCACCAAAGCUCACUCUUAGAGCGUCAUACAAGUCCACAUUUAUUAAGAGAAACUCCCGCAGCCACCUGAACUCGCUAGCCAGCGUGCUACUUUAGCAAAGGAAGGGAAAGUGAAGACUCGAUGAUAUGGAGAACUACAGAAAAGCACGCAUUGUAGAGCAGCCCUGCCUGUCUCCAUUCCCCAACCUGCCCAGUGACACCCCUGAAGUUCGGGUGAAAGACGGCAGCAAAAUCCGCAACCUGAUGAGGUUUGCUUUAAGCCGAAUGGAGGAAAAGGGAGCUUCAGCAGAACACACAGCCACUCAAGAAGGUUCAGAGGCAACCACUGGUUCAGGUGAGAAGCUGUGCCGGCAGAUCAUGUUCACUGGUGUGGGACAGAGUGUAGCCAAAGCCAUCACAUGCGUGGAGAUCAUGAAACGGCGUGUACACGGACUACAUCAGCACACCAAGCUGGCCUACCGUACAGUCCAGGAAGUCUGGGAGCCCCUGGAGCCUGAGGCAGGGUUGGACAGUCUCACCGUCAGCAGAAAUGUACCCAGUGUAUGGGUACUGCUUUCCAGAGAUUCUCUUGACAGGAACCAGCCAGGCUACCAAGCACCAGGUUCAUUUGAUGCCUUGUGGGCACAGGCUCUCAAAGAGGAAGCUGCAGGCCAGAAACAUGGACAGAGGAGGAAGAGAGAAAAUACAGGGGUUGGAAGGGGAGAAGGGGCUAGCAGAGGAAAGGGCCCACGCCAAAACCGAGGGCCGGGACAACGUGGGAAGGCACGUAAACCUCUUGGUCGCGCAGGUGGAGGGCAAAAUUAAAUGUUUCAUAGGAACUACCUUCUUAAUUGAAGCAUCGCUCAUACUGACUAAUGUUAGAUUUUCGAAAGGACUCAAGGUAUAAUAUUAUUUGAUGUCAUGUCUGACAGACAUUUACAUAAGCAGGCUAAAUGAAUGUGAACGCACUUCUGAAUGUCUGUCUGUCUGUCUUUUUUUUUUUUUUUUUUUAAGGAAGAGAUUAAAUUAUUUUCUGAAGUAUUUGGAGGCACCAGAAUUAUUAUUAUUAUUCUUUUAAAAGCUGUGGCCCUCAGAUUGGCUUCAGAAGUGCCCCCAAAAGGGUUGAAAGUUUCUGUUUAUCAUAUAUAUAUAUAUAUAUAUAUAUAUAUAUAUAUAUAUAUAUAUAUAUAUAUAUACACACACACACAGUACUGUGCAAAAGUCUUGCUUCACGUAAGAUGCUUCACAAAAACAUUUAAGAUGGUUAUUUGUAUUUUCAGCUUUAGUGUGUCAAUAGGAAAUAUAAAUGUUAGACUCCUAAACAUUACUUUUGCAAAUAGAAAAGAUUAGAAUAGAAGAACAGGGAGCACUGCAACAGAUGUCAGUCUGAGAUUACAUAUAGAGACAGAAGCAAUUGAGACAGCCUAAAUACAUAGAAGAACUGUGGUGAAUUCUCCAAGAAGCUUGGAACAUCCUAUCUGCCAACAACCAAGAAAAACUGUGUCCAGGUGUACCUAGGAGAAUUGGUGCUGUUUUAAAGGCAAAGGUGGUCACAUCGAAUAUUGAUUUCGCUUUUUUAUGUUUAUUGGACUUUGUAUGACAGAAUAGUUCACCCAAAAAAACAAAAAGAGAUUUCUCUGUUAUACAUGUUGGCUUUCGAUUUUUUUUAAAGAUGUAAAUUGUUAUUAAAAAAAAAAAAAUAACUUCAGUGGUACAUAUGGUAUCAGCCAACAGAGUUAAUACACCUUGGUCUUCUAAUUCAUCAGCAUUUAAAUGUUUUUUUUUUUUUUUUUU